AUGCAAUUCGUCUUCCAGUCCAGAUGGAGGCGGUCUGUACUAUCGACAUGCCACUACGGCUGAUUACGUUGUUAGCUAUCAGUGAGGAAGAAUGUGCAAUAACCGAGCAUAAACAACGCGAUGAUGGUAGCAGGUAUCUGUCCGGGCAUGUUGUUAUUUAUUCACAUCGGCAAUUAGUAAGAAUUCCCACAACAACUGUAUACCAGGCCGACUUAUACCGCCAUUAAGCAGGAAUGUGGAUCUUAUCUUUCGCUAGAUUGAUCCGUGGUCUUAAACGCCUCCAGUCUCCAGUCCCAUGGGUGUCUGAAUUCAGUUGACCAUUGAGGUGGACAGGAUAAAACAGGCAUGGGCGUCGUUAACUUCUUAUUUUGUACCAUUGGAAAAUGUUUCGAAAUAGCCUGUUUCCUGCUGGAUUUAAAUUUUGUCAUUGUUCAUUCCCUGAUCCGGCUUUUGAUUGGCUUGAUUUCCUUCAUCCAUCACCUACCCAUGUUGCUCACAAACUCUGUGAUAGAAUGCUGGAACCUCACCCUCGUCUGCCUGUUCACCAUGUCGGAAGGGGUGUCAGUAUUGACUCACAACCUGGCUGGGGGUGGACAGCAGCUCAUAGGAGGGCUGGUGGAAAGUUGUAAGAUGGUAGGCUACCUUGCCUCCCAUGUACUGCUGCGAACCAGGGACCUUCUACACCGUGGGUUGCUUUCUGGACACAGUGUGCUGAAGCACGUAUGGGAGGGCUGUGGCAUUGCCCUUAGCCUGGUAGUCUAUUUAGCCAACACUAUUGUGAACUUGCUGCUGAUUAGCACGCAGAAUUUCUACACUGUGCUCGUUGGUCUUUGGGAGACAGUCCUCUGUCCCUUACAAAACAUCUUGGAACUGACCUUGGCGGUGUUCAGCUUCCUGUAUAGCACUCUGGUCGGGGCCUCGGUCUUCCUGUGGACGCCAUGCCUCUCGGCUGUGGAGUUUCUGGCCUCCCUUGGCCACAUCUUUGUCAGCAUUUUCCUGUUGAAUUUUUAUGGACUGUUGUUCACGGUGGGUGUCGUAGCGAGCACCACGAUUUACCUGAACCCCGAGCUGUCAAGACAGCAAGCCAACCGCCUCACCCACUACAUCAGCACAGUGCCCUCCCUUCGACAUCUGCAGGUGCCUAUCCAUCGCUUGUACGUGCUAGAGAGAAACCUGCGGCAGAGGGUGGCCGUGUGGCACGGCAGCCGCCACCGCUUUGGCCAUCGGGCAGUGCGGACAGAUGGGGACGGGGAUGCGGGGCAGCCGGAGAUACUAGCGGAGCAGAGGGUGCCUGCUGGGAACGCCGCUGGUGGUGACGGACAGCCCGCGCUGGGCCUCGCACGCCGACCCCUCGCUCACCAGCCCCCGCCACCGGCCGGUCACUCUUCCGAGCGCCUCUUGCCGAGCUCCAGCACGAGCAGGCCGCUGCAGACGGCAGACGAGGGCAGCAGCCUCAAGCCGUGUCCGUCUCCAGAGGUGGACUCCAGCCUCCUCACCAUGCUGCAGGAACAGGAGGAGCGCAAGAAGUGCGUCAUCUGCCAGGACAGCUUCAAGACGGUGGUGCUGCUGCCCUGCCGCCACCUCUGCCUGUGCCGCAGCUGCACGGACAUCCUGCUCACCCAGCCCGUGUACCAGCGCAACUGCCCGCUCUGCCGACACAUGAUCUUCCAGACCAUGGAUGUGUAUCUCUGAUGGACCAGUGGCCUCGGCCCGCUUUGCUUUGCGUCUUAAUGCCAAGCGAGAUCUUGCUGUUGAGAGCUUUCUAGGGUGUCGAGUAGCAAUCUCAGGCUAUCAGCUGAUAGUGCAGGGGCUUGAUGAGGAUGGAUCACACACUGUGGAUUGUUGGCACGUCAUUCUUGGCCUUUCCGCACUGUCAGUAUGAGCACUGUCUUAUUUGAAACCAAACAGACGUAAAUGUAAACAAACAAACAAACAAAAGAAAACCUAUGGCCAACUUUGUAUGAUGUGAAUCUAGCCUACAUAUUUUGUACCCAUAGUAAUGCUUGCAAUAGUUUUAUACUCCCUGCGUGGUGAAGGACUGCAUGAAUAAGGGUCAGUGUGAGUGAGAACUACUCCAGUGCAUAUACACUUCCAAACACAUAUGCACAGAGGAUUUAUUUCUUAAUUUGUGCUUCUUUCUUACAAUGGCAUCAUUUAUUUUUGAUAUUAUGAUGUGUUAAGAUAUUCCACUGUUAUGCAUUUGUUUUUCUCAACAAUCAGAUUUUCAUGUCACAUGAACGGGUUGACAGAAUGUUGGAAGUGGUUUUGUAUACCUCUGAUCAAGGUGUUGUUGUUGUAGGGAACACGGCGACUGUGAAGAUAUAGUAUAAGUAUAUAUACUCUUGGUGAAAUGCUUUGUUUUCCAUGUAUGUCCUCUCAGUGCUUAAUAGUAUUCCUACAUUCUUUUGAAAAAUUAUCAAAAAGGUGAAAAACAGAAUAUGAAAUCAGCUGUUGAUAUAUGAAUAUGAGAGUGAACCUGUUAGCCGUUUUCAUUUGCCUUAAGAAGCAUACGCUACCUGACGAGCAGACAAAAAAACAUGCUAUCGUGGCCUAGCAGUAGGCUUUGGUCGUUUUUACUGCUUUGGUCAAUUCCAGAAAUUGAAGUUCACGGUUCCGACUCGCAAACAUCACUGGUAAUUUAAAGUGGGCAACCCUUGUUUACAUUCCGUUGCAAGAGACAAAAUGAAGAAAAACAUUUUUAUUUUAAUUGUUUACCUAUCUUGUGUACUAUAGACAAAGAUGGACAUAUUGGUGAUCAAAAAAUGUUAAAAUGAGAGACAUCCAUGCUUCCAAACACUAUCUAAUACCAGUAGUAAACACUAUCUAAUACCAUAAUUUCUCCUUGAGGUAUGGUUUUAUAUAGUUACAACAUCAUGUUCAUUUCUUGCUUAGUGCCUUGACAUUGUCAGACAUUUGAGGGAUCAUAAUUGUAUAUCUGCUUCUGGUGAUUACAAUGACGGGUUCAAUAAAAACAGAAGUUUGUUUUCUGGGAUCAGGGACCUUGAAUACAGCUUUGAGCUGUUUAUGUAUUUUUUUGUAUUCAGAAGGUGUGAAGAUGAUGAGAAUGUAAGUGAUGUGAGAACACUCAAUAAAACAUGUCUAGAUUUCA